ACAGUCCCAGCUUCCUCUCUUUUCUCCCUCUUUCUUGCGCCGUUGGCCACCCCCAACCCAACCUUUCCUCCGCCUCCGCCUCCGCCUCCGCCUCCAAAAUCUCAUAAAACGAUGCGUUUUACCAAGGUCAGCAAGUAAUAAAAAAAUGCACCGUUAAAAAGCCCCCCUAGGGAGAGAAAUCCAUGAGAAAAUGCAUGCAUCAACGACAACAAUCAACAGAGCAGCCAUUUUCCACCGCCUGCGCACUUUAGCUUCAUCAAUUAAUCCUCUUGGUUCUGAUCGCCAUGUUCAGGUUUUUGACAACUGGAAAUAUUAAAAAAGUUACGGUGUUGAUUUUUGGUAAACAGAAAAGUAGUGAUCAAUUAUUGGAAGUAAAAGAGUAUGGGACAGUAGUUUCAGUUUGUUUGCAUUUGCCGCAAUUUAGAAAUUACUCGCAGUAUAGCUUUCCAAGUAGAGAGUGUUCGUCAUUUGCAUUGUGCAAUAUUAAAGAGCAGUUUGGCCGUAGGUGUUUUACAAGGAAUUAUUCACUUACGAGUGAUGCGGUGACACACAAUGCCCAGCUUGCCUGGAAAAGGCUAUUUAGGAAAGGUUCUGCUAGUGGCUGGAGUUUUCCUCGGAUAAGUAGGAUAGCUCAAGCAGUUAGCUUGGCUUUGACACGGUCUCAGUUGGUGGUCCCAAGUGCUUUAGUGUUGACAUGUGGGCAGGUGGCAUGGGCACAAAGAACAUUGGUGGAACCGGAUUAUUAUCCCGGUUCUUUGUAUAUGCGUGCACAAGAUGGGCAUGCUUAUGUGACAUCGUUAGUAUCUGCUAUUGUAGAAGCAUUUGUGUUGUUAGUGAGAGCUAUAUAUUUAGCAAUUUUGUUCUCACCCAGCUUGUUGAUGGCUCCAUUUGCUGAUUCUUGUGGGCCAGAGUUUAGGAAAAUGUGGCUUCAUGUUGUUCAUCGGACACUGGAGAAAGCAGGUCCAGCAUUUAUAAAAUGGGGUCAAUGGGCAGCUACCCGACCGGAUCUAUUUCCUAGAGACUUAUGCACCAAGCUUUCAGAGCUACAUUCUAAAGCUCCUGAACAUAGUUUUGCGUACACGAAGAAAACUAUUGAAAGAGCAUUUGGUCGCAAACUUUCUGAAAUUUUUGAGGGUUUUGAAGAGGUUCCUGUAGCAUCUGGAAGUAUUGCUCAAGUGCAUCGGGCCUCUUUGAAAUGUCACUACCCUGGGAAAAAACAGACAAAGCCUACCGUGGUUGCUGUAAAGGUUAGACAUCCUGGUGUUGGCGAAUCAAUUAGAAGAGACUUUAUGAUAAUAAACUUGGUUGCAAAGAUAUCAACAUUUCUUCCAGCUUUGAAUUGGUUGAGACUUGACGAGAGUGUGCAACAGUUCGCUGUUUUCAUGAUGUCUCAAGUUGACCUUGCAAGGGAAGCUGCACAUUUAAGCCGCUUUAUAUAUAACUUCCGAAGGUGGAAGGAUGUUUCUUUUCCGAAGCCUGUUUAUCCACUUGUGCAUCCUGCUGUUUUGGUGGAAUCGUAUGAGCAAGGAGAAAGUGUCUCGCAUUAUGUAGAUGACCUUGAAGGACAUAAUUGGAUUAAAACUGCACUUGCGCACAUCGGGACUCAUGCACUUCUCAAAAUGCUUCUGGUGGACAACUUUAUUCAUGCAGACAUGCAUCCUGGAAAUAUCCUCGUCCGGGUUUCUCCGAACAGUUCUCGGAAACGGCUCUUUAAAUCAAAGCCUCAUGUUAUUUUCCUCGAUGUAGGCAUGACUGCUGAACUUUCUCAGGGUGAUCGCGUGAAUUUGAUUGAUUUUUUUAAAGCAAUUGCCCGCCGGGAUGGCCGCACUGCAGCAGAAUGCACACUAAGAUUGUCAAAGCGACAAAACUGCCCAAAUCCAAAGGCCUUUAUUGAGGAGGUGGAAGAGGCAUUCACAUUCUGGGGUACCGCUCAGGGUGAUCUAGUCCAUCCUGCAGAGUGCAUGCAGCAAUUACUUGAGAAAGUCAGGCGUCAUAGAGUUAAUAUUGAUGGCAAUGUUUGCACUGUCAUGGUCACAACUUUGGUUCUUGAGGGAUGGCAGCGUAAGCUAGAUCCAGAAUACAAUGUGAUGCAGACAUUACAAACACUGCUUCUUCAAGCUGACUGGGCUAAGUCUCUUUCCUAUACAAUUGAUGGGUUGAUGGCCCCAUAAGCAGGAGACAAGUUAUACAUAGCAAGAAGUUAAUUUGAAUUUCCAGAUGACCAAACAUAAACUACAGCAAGUACUUUUGUAACAGGUGUGCAAUAUGUAAUGGUAGAAAGAAACAAAACAUAGAUUGUGGACUUUGCGAGCUGAAAGCUUAGAACAUCAAUUUUUAUUUUUAAGCUGCAUAUUCACUGAUUGGUGGGAAGCUUGAAAGAGCUCAGUUGAUUAGCAUGUUAGCUAUCAUUUCUGUUUCUCAGAGAACCUACCCUCUCUUGAUCUUGGCUAAACGCAAUUUAUGGGAUUUGUAGAUUUUCCGGUGGCACCGAACUGGUUGAUUUCCAUAUUGUAAUUCAUUGUUGCCUGCUCAUUCAAUCAUAUUGAUAUUAUAAACAGUGAUUGCCUGAGCAUUCAGUUAAUAGCACAAAUUGAAGUAUAUAAUCAUCUAAUCAUAUUGUCA